CAUUCGCAUCAUUAGAUGAAGAACAGAGGACGUCACGGACAAACCCAUGAUUCACAACCGUAAGCAUUGACAGACCGACGAGUUCAUCGACUCUUCAAUCCUGCUACGAUGAGCGUAGGAGGUUUGAUGCAUUCUGAAGAGUAAACGCCACCUAUAGAACACGUUGACUUGCAGUUGCACUAGUGGACAUGGACAGACAAGAAGGUGCAGAACAAGGGCUCUUGAUGGUGACAUUUUCGAGCGGCGGCGGCGGCGGCUCCGCCACGGGGGUGUUGUUGCUUAGCACUCUGGUAGCCGUGUGCGGUUCCUUGGAGUUUGGGUCAGCUAUAGGAUAUUCAUCGCCUGCUGAAUCUGGAAUCAUGGAUGACUUAGGUCUCUCUCUGGCUGAGUACUCUGUCUUUGGCUCAAUUAUGACGGUUGGAGCAAUAUUAGGUGCCGUAAUGAGCGGAAAGAUAGCAGAUCUAGUUGGUCGCAGAGGUGCAAUGGGGAUUGCUGACAUACUCUGUCUCUCUGGAUGGAUUGCAAUAAUUUUCUCAGAGGGUGCUUGGGCGCUCGACAUUGGAAGGCUGUUGGUAGGAUGUGGAGUUGGGCUUAUUUCCUAUGUGGUUCCAGUGUAUAUCUCAGAAAUAACGCCUAAAAAUCUUCGCGGGGGGUUCGGAACAGCUCAUCAGUUCAUGCUCUCUUUUGGCUCAGCACUUAUAUAUUUCAUCGGAACUGUUGUCAACUGGCGUAUUUUAGCUCUGAUAGGUGCUGGUCCCUGCAUGCUUCAACUUUUAGGUCUAUUUUUCAUCCCAGAGUCACCAAGAUGGCUGGCAAAAGUUGGUAGGGAGAGAGAGUAUGAAGCAGCUCUUCGAUACCUGAGAGGGAAAAAUUCAGAUAUUUCAGAGGAAGCAACUGAGAUCAAAGAGUACACACUGACUCUUCAACAAAUCUCCGAGGGUAGAAUUUUAGACUUAUUUCAGAAAAUAUAUGCUCGCUCUCUCCUUGUUGGAGUCGGGCUGAUGGCUCUGCAACAAUUUGGCGGUUCUAAUGCCAUUGCCUUUUAUGCGAGCUCUAUAUUUGAAUCUGCAGGUUUUCCUGCCAAUAUAGGAACUAUAACGAUGGCUGUUGUUCAGGUUCCUAUGACAAUUGUUGGUGUGCUCUUGAUGGAUAAGUCGGGAAGGCGACCAUUGCUUCUGAUUUCUACAAGCGGAACAUGCUUAGGUUGCUUUCUUGUGGGACUGUCAUUUCUGUUGGAGGAUUUUCACCGGUGGACACAAGCUGCUCCCACUUUGGUUUUCGUGGGCAUACUGGUGUAUAAUGCGUCAUUUGGAUUGGGCCUUGCUGGAAUACCGUGGCUCAUAAUGUCUGAGAUAUUCCCCAUAAAUAUGAAAGGUUCAGCUGGAAGCUUAGUGUCUUUGGUCAACUGGUUCGUUUCCUGGAUCGUUACAUACGUCUUUAAUUUCUUGAUGGAACUCAGUACAGCAGGAACAUUUUUCAUAUUUUCAGCCAUAGCCGGCUUGACUAUUCUGUUUGUGGCAAAGCUGGUGCCCGAAACCAAAGGUCGAACGUUGGAAGAAAUACAGGCAGCCAUGAACCCACUCACGGCAUGAAGACGACUCUCGAGCUAGUGAUGACUUUGAGAGUCUCUAGUUGCUCUCUCAUUUCUUAUCUUGUUUCAUGCAGACCAUGUCUAAAAGCAAGUAAUCAGUGUGAAGCUCAUGAUUGGUUCCUCUCAGGUAAGCCGGGGUCACGAGAUUGAGAUCAAUGUACAUGAGAGAUAUUUUUGUUGCUUCAUGUCUUUCUUCAUGGUCUUAUCAUAAUUCAUUAGAUUCUACAUGCUCCAUCAAA